AUGGCGACUGUGUGGAGAAAGCUACUUUUCAACAAACCAGGAGUACGUUUAGACCUCACCUUACAAAGUGGACAGUCAUUCAGAUGGAAAGAAACAGCACGUGGCGAGUGGACCAGUGUUAUCUGCGGCUUCGUUUGGAUUCUAAAACAGUUAGAACAAGGUGAAAUUUUGUACCGUGUUUAUAAGUCGUCAAAUGGACCACACUCAUCACGCGGAAAACGGGUCUUAGAAGAAGUUCAGAUCUCUUCGGAAAGUGAAAAGGAUAAGGGAUCGAAAAUUUACGAGUCUAUUUUGAGAGAUUACUUUCAAGUGGACGACGUAGAUGUAGAGAUCCUUUUUGACCAGUGGAAAACAAGUGACCCACACUUUGCUAAAGUUUCAGACGAAUUCCGAGGCGUCAGAGUUCUACGACAAGAUCCAGUGGAAAAUUUAUUUUCUUUCAUUUGCUCAUCAAACAACAAUAUCCCACGGAUAAGUGGAAUGGUUGAAAAACUGUGCCAGGCAUAUGGCCAGAAAUUGGGAGAAUUGCAUGGAGUGACAUAUUUCACUUUUCCUUGUUUAAAAGAUUUGACCGGUGCAAAAGUUGAAGAAAAUUUACGGAAGAUGGGCUUUGGAUAUCGAGCAAAGUUUAUUAGUCAAAGUGCUUGUUUUAUUCUUAAACAUCAUGACAGUGGCUGGUUGGAAAAAUUAAGAAGUGUCUCUUAUGAAGAGGCCCAUGCAGGUAAGUCGUACCUGAUACAGCACACAUUAAUAUUAGGGCCAUUUAAACAAGGAAAAAUAAGGCAUGUCUUACAUAGGACGCGUCCUAAAUAAGACUCAAACUAUCCCGUACAAACGGCACAUUUUGUUUUAAAUUUAUCUAAGACGCAUCCUAUCUAAGAACAGCCCUUAACACCUGUUCUUUGAUAAGACACGUCUUUGCUAAGUCGCAUCUUAAUGUGCCAUUUAUAGGGGAUAGUUUGUGUCUUAUUUAGGAUGCUUCUUAUUUUUCCUCGUAUAAAUGGCCCUAUUGUGCUCCAGUCUUUCUAGAUGAGUCACAUCAAUCUCUUCCUAACCCUUUCGGAGGAUUCUUUAGCAGUGUUGACUGUAAGGGAGGAGAGGUUUACAGUCAAGUCACCCGAAAGUCAUCUCGCUCAAAGUUAUGAUGCCCAAACAGGGCUGUCACUAAGAGCCGGGGGCCGGGGAUUUCCCCCGGCUACUAUGAGUGUGGUUCCCGGCUACUUUUAUUGGAAAAUAGAAGAAAAAUAGAGCCAAAAGAAAUUCGUUGCUGUUUGAUUCCCCGCCUACUUGUUGUACUUACCCAGCAACUUGAAAUUUUAGUGACAACCCUGCCCAAACAUUUCUCAUGCUCUACAAAGUCCUGACACCUUUAUCACACUUGUUUCAUCUCACCAAAUCUUAAAGAACAAGUUGUAUCGCUCAUUUAUCAUGCAUGUUUCAUUUCAUCAAGGCUUAAAGAACAAGAUAUGUUACUCAUCUAUCCUCAUCUAUCCUCACUCAUCUAUGCUUGUUUUGUGUCAUCAUCGCUUAAAAAACAAGAUAUGAUAAAAUUGAUCCCACUUGUAAUCAUCUCAUUAAUCGCUUAAAGAAUGAGAUCACACUCCGUUGAACAAGAUAUAUUUAACAUACACUCUUUACUAAACUUUUGGGUGACAUAACUCAGCAUUUUAGGCAAGCUUAACUAAAAUUUUAGGCCACAUAGCUCUGGUUUUGGGUGGCACAACUUUGGGUGAGAUGACUUUUGGGCGACUUGACCAGUUACCGGGAGAAGGACAUGUACAAGGAGAGAGGAAAUGCCUGCCUUGGAGAGCUACAAAAAUCAUUCCCCCCCUACCAGUUUUCCUACCCUGUUUUGACGGUGCUUUUUAUUUGGGGGGAUAUGCAAGCAUUAACAUUUUGCUUUGGUUGUAGCAUGAGUCACAGGAGGCUGGAAAUGGGGCAGUGGAGACAUGGCUAACAUUUCAAAUGCUGCCAGUUAUCUGAAUUUCCUGUGUAUUCUUGUUGCAUCUCACUCUCACUAUUUUAGUUAUUACUUUUCAUAGGCAACUUUAUUUUUGUCUCUUUUGCUUUGCGACUGGAUCUGAAAUGUUCUUUUAACCAUAAGCUUUUACUCUGACUCAGAAUUUCCUAAACACAAACAAAGAAGGUCAUUUUCUAGAGCCAGAAUAAAUAAUGCUUUUGGAAGAAUAUAUAGUUUUGCUUGCUGCUAAGUCCUUACAAGACAUAUGUUACUAAGAUGAACACAGAUAUUUCUUUCCAACAGCAAAAAUUAAUUGAAAUAUGUGAAGCCAUUCAUAAUUUUAUUUUCACUGAGUUCUUUGGUCACACUUAAAGUUCACUGGGCAGGCAUUCAUCAAACUGUUAUAUAAUAAAACAGCAAUCAGAUAUGGUGGUGCAACGAUUAAUUAAAUUCUCGAUUAAUUGCGAUUAUGACCGUUCGGUUCGAUUCACGAUUCUUUGGUUCCAUGUUUUGAUUUUGGUUUGAUUUUUGCACACCUUUUCCAGGGUGCCCUUAGUGAGUUAUUAGAUUGUAAAAUCGGAAUCCAGAACGCUUUAAAUUGUGCGUUUAUGAUUGACGAGCAAAGACGAUAGCAUUUCGUGCGCCUUUUUGUGUUGCCUGGUAAAAAUGCUGUCCUUCAACCACCCCUUGAGAAUUUCCAAAUAAGGCAAACUAUGGGUGACACACUCUUUGUCAGGUUCUCAAACAUGGCAACUAACCAAGUGACUGUGAAUCCUCCUGUCCCUGGUACUAUUCUCAAAUGGAGGGUUUAGGGUUGUAUGUUGUUACAUUACGCGUUAUGUUAUAAGAAUUAAGAAACAUUUACAUAAUCGAAUCGAAAUAAUCGAAAUCAAAAGGCAAUAAUCGAAAUCGAAUCGAACCGCAAGGAAUAUGAAUCGUUACACCCCUAAUCAGAUACACAGCAAAUAUGUGCAGGCAUAUAUUCUUCCCCCUUCACCCUAUCUCCAACUUCAUCCUUUUAUCUUAUGUUCACCAACUCAACUACACUACCCACUCUUCUCAGUCUUCCACUGCUUUCAAAGUAAAAGAUGGUGACUGUUAUGAAGGCAAAUUUGCAGCAAAUACUGAAGGCUCUUUUCUAAAAAAAUGUGCCCACCUUUCAAGCUCAAAUUUUCUCAUUUGGUCUAGUUCUUUAACUGGCAUGUCCAGUGUAUCUGUGAGGAUGUUUGGGACUGGAUUAUGGUAAAAUCCCAUAUCAGUCCAGUCGACUGAAAUGUGCAGGUACCAAAAAAUACCAGAGAUAAACUCAGUUGGAGACAUGAAAAGAAAAUAAGCCUGGAAUGGGUCAGUCAUCAGUAACUUUUCUUUGUUUUUUAGCUCUUUGUGAGCUGCCAGGUGUUGGAGCUAAGGUCGCUGACUGUGUGUGCCUAAUGUCACUUGACAAGACUGAAGCAGUGCCGGUAGACACACAUGUCUGGCAACUGACUACUAAAAAUUACAUGCCACAUCUACAGAAAACCAAGUCACUCACUACAAAGAUGUAUAAAGAAAUAGGUGAGGUCAAUUUCUGA